GAAAUUAGUUCGCUUCGAUAUUCUUUAGGUUGAGAUGAUUUUGUAUAUAAACAAGUUGCGGGAUCAAAUAAGUCAUCAGUUCAAAUUUGAAAUACAUUUUGUAACAAACUAAACAUGAAAUUCAUCGCUGUUCUUUUGAUUGUUUCUGCUUUCGCAGCUUUUGCUUUGGCAUCACCUCAUCACAAGGAAGGACAUGAAGGCACAGAAUGUCAUUAUCAUUGUGAGGAAGAGAAGCCCCUAGAUAAACCAUUGAGCACCCAUAAUGGAACAUGCCGCAGGGAGUUUGUAAAUGAAUGUGAAUUGGAAAUGUUCAAUUGUGUUAAUCAUCCAGAAAAGCAAUUUGAAAAGAUGAGCGAAGACCAAAAAUCCGCACAUCAUGACAAACCAUUGCCUUUGUGUGAGGAUGAGAAAAAAGAAUAAAUUUUUAUAACUCAGAUAUGUGGUUUUAAAAUACUUUUUUGUUAAAAAAUAAAAUGUUUAAAACUUAAAAACAAA